AUGAGAGCUAAUAGUCGUCUAGCAUCUGUUAUAGGAAAUUUACGUGAAAUAAAAGAAACUAAUGUAAAAAUAAAAAACUAAAAUAGCUUUUAUUUAAAGUUACAAAUACUUUCUAAAAAACAAUUAAUGAAGAUGCUGAUAUGAUAAGACAGAGAUGUUUGUAAAUUUUAGCUAUAGAACCAGAUAAAAGAUCAAUCAUAUAAGCUAAAUAUGUUCAAAAAUAUUUUGAGAGAGAUUUUGCAUAUUUUUCGUAAUAUUGUAAAUAAUUCUAGGAAAAUACGAGGAUAAUUACCAGAUGAUCUUUACAUUAGAAUUUUCAAAGAUUUAUAAAUUGAGAAAAGUGAUGCAGCUGAAGUUGUAUUUAAUAUGGGUGAUAUUGGAAGAAAAAUGUACUUUAUUAUUGAUGGAGAAGUAGCUAUUCUAAUUCCAUAAUAAGAAUAAUAACAUCAUAAUAAUCAUCAUUAAUAGAGAAGUAAAAUUUUAUUUUGAUUUUAGAAUCAUUGAUAGCUAAGAAAUUUGAUGAUUUAUUGAAACACAAGUAUGCUCAAUAUACACUAAUUGCUAUUAAAAGCAAAAAUGACUAUUUUGGUGAAAUUGCUAUUGAAUAGAGAAUUCCUAGAACUGCUUCAGUUGUAGCCAAAACUGAAUGUAUUUUUGCUACAUUGAGUUAUGAUUCAUAUUAAAAAGUACUAGGAUAAUAUUAAGAAAAAAUCUUAGAAGAAAAAUUAUAAUUCAUCAAAAGAACACCACCAUUCAAAAAUUGGAGCUAAUCAGGUUAAUUGGUUUUAUUACAUAGUUGUUAAGAAAUUAGUUUUGAGGCUGGAUCUUUUAUUUAUAAAAGAGGAUAGAAAGGAGAUACUGUAUAUAUAAUUAAAGAAGGAGAAGUACUUAUAGAGAGAUGGGAUAAAUAAUAAUCAGUAACUUAAGAAGGUGAUAUCUAUUAAAAAAAGAAUAUAAUAGUUGUAGGUUUAUAUUCUACCGGAUAGAUAUUUGGAGAUUAUGAAAUCUAUUAAACUAAUAUGAAAUGCAGAUAUCUCACUAGAGUAACAUAAGCUAAGGCUAGAGUAAAAACUAUUGUUUUAGCAUUAUCAAUAUCAUAAUUUAUUGAUAAUAUGAGAUUGAAUGAAAGAGAUGCUUGGAUUAGAGAUUAUUUUGAAUAAAAGUUUAGCAAGAAAUGGUUAAAUAAACCAGAAAUCUAAAGUUAAUAUAUCAGCAAAAGUCCCAUUCCAUCAAGCAAUAAAUAAUAUAUCAAAAGUAGAGAAGAUGGAAGAUAAGCAUAUAAAGUCUCUUUAUCAAAUAAUUAUUUUGAAGAAUUAGAAUUAGAUACUAAAAAGGAUUCAAAGGAUUAAUAGUUAUUAUCUCCAACUUAAUUGCAUUCUUAAAGCAAAAUUAAUAAAACUAUGAGAAAAUUUUUAAAUUUAUAAGGAAAUUUGUUUAAAACCUAAUAAAAUUAUGAAGCACCUUCGAUGGAUGUUAUUAUAAGACAACUUAAAAACAAGGUCAUUAAGAGUAGAGAAAACUUAACAACCGAAUUAAAUGCUGAGAAUUCACAGAGUAAAUUUUAUUCUGUAAAGAAACACAGUGCUCCUAAACUUAAAAUUGGUUUAUCAUUUAAAUCAUUUAGAGAAGGAGAACGUAAUAAGUCUAAAUUUUUAGACUGA